AUGGCUCAAGCGUCCACAGCGAUGGUUUUUAAGUGUUCCGCGGAGUUCCAGGAUUUAGUUGACUGGGGAGCACGAGAAAGACUGAAUGAGGUCUGUAAAAGAAUGGACUUGGUUUGCCAGAGGAUGUUGAAUCAGGGAUUUCUGAAAGUGGAGAGGUACCAUAACCUGUGCCAGAAACAAGUGAAAGCACAGCUCCCCAGGAGAGAGUCAGAAAGAAGAAACCAUUCAUUAGCUCGUCAUGCAGACAUCCUUGCUGCCGUCGAAACAAGGCUAUCACUGUUAAAUAUGACUUUCAUGAAGUAUGUGGAUUCCAAUCUCUGUUGCUUCAUCCCGGGAAAGGUGAUUGAUGAAAUUUAUCGUGUAUUGAGAUAUGUCAAUUCUACCAGAGCCCCUCAGCGAGCUCAUGAGGUACUUCAGGAGUUACGGGACAUCUCCUCCAUGGCAAUGGAGUAUUUUGAUGAGAAGAUCGUUCCAAUUCUGAAGAGGAAAUUACCGGGGUCAGAUGUGUCUGGAAGACUCAUGGGCUCUCCUCCAGUCCCAGGACCGUCUGCAGCCCUAACAACAAUGCAGCUAUUCUCCAAGCAAAACCCUUCAAGACAGGAGGUUACCAAACUCCAGCAGCAGGUUAAGACCAAUGGUGCUGGUGUGACUGUUCUCAGGCGUGAAAUUUCAGAGCUCCGCACCAAAGUGCAAGAACAGCAAAAACAGCUCCAGGACCAGGAUCAGAAACUGCUAGAGCAAACCCAGAUCAUAGGCGAACAGAAUGCCCGCUUGGCAGAGCUGGAGCGCAAACUGCGAGAAGUAAUGGAAAGCGCAGUCGGAAACUCUUCAGGUUCCAGGCAGAAUGAGGAGUCUCCACGGAAACGGAAAAAGGCAGCCUCGGAAGCCAUAGACUCUCUUAGGAAAUCGAAACGGCUCCGGAAUAGGAAGUAAAUUGGAAUGUGGUUGGUUGUCUGUAGCUCCAGAAGACUUGGCUGAGUAGCUUAAGCAGUUAUGCAUAUCAGGAUGCUGUGAACACCAGCAUCCCGUAGGCUUCUAGGCUUUCAGAACACAACUUAAACUUGAACUGUUUCACGGUUAGGACAUUGUUUUCCGCUUCUCCUGGGUGAACUGAUGCAGUCUUUUUACUUUGCAAUAGAUUUGUACUAACCAGACCUGGUCUAUUAUGUUUUGAGGGGUUAACUGUUUUCCUGUGCAGAUAAAGUUUAAAGUUUGUAUCUGCAUAUAUGCACAUUACAUAAAGAUCUCAAACCUAGUCUGGACAGACUGAAAGUUAACGUUUAACUACAGAAAAUGUCCUGUUCACUUGAAAGAAAAGACCUACUUUUUAAAUGGACACUUUCUUGUUUUGUUUUUUUAAGUUGACUUUUUUGACUUUUUGUUAUAAGUGACCUUUGUCUGGAAUGUCUGGAAAAUAGUUCGUGCUUUUUGGAAUUGAAGUAAUGGGUAACGAAAACGGACUUCCCUAGUAUUGACUGUAGAAGGGGCCUCUACAGUAUUGACUGUCUAUUUUUAUAAACUACUGGCAAGGGGCAUAUCCAGUUGCGACAUGUUUUCAGUUCUCUCUGGGCCAUGUCCUGCAUUUGCAUGGAUGGGUGCAUUGCAUGCAUUGCCUACCAACUCACUUAAACAGCUCUUGCACUGGUAUUGAUCGUGAACCUCUAUACUUUUUACAGCAGCUUCUUCGUUUAUUUAAGUGCGCAACAUCUUCCACCACAACAGCUUGCCUCUAGAGGGCCAGUUAGUCCAUUUGUCCUCCACGGUUCCAGGGGCAGGGGAAUAUUGAAACCCCUUGCUUUACCUGUUCUCUGUAGGGUUCAGGUACACUGGCUCUUCCUCGUUGCUUUCAAACAUUUGGUAACUAAUACUCAUCACUAUGGCACUUGCUGAUUGAAUGUGAUUGACUAGGGGGCACAACUGUAAAAUGCAGUGUUGCCAUUGAAGCAGUUUAUUGAAGAAAAGUUGUACUAUGAAGAAGUCUUUCAUUUGGGGGUGGGCAUGUGGAGGGGGCAGGUGACCUAAGGAAGCUUUUAAAAUAAUCCCAGCUUUCCUUAUCCUACAAUGUUAAACAAAAGCUUUUUUUUUUUUUUUUUUUUUGCACUCCUAUUUUGAACUGUAACCGGAAAAGCAUGUCUUGCACUGUUUGGCCUUUUGAGUGGUCACUUUAACAACCUCCAAAUUGUGUACAGCCAUUAUUUUUCCCCACUGUAUAUUUUUGAGACAUUGAACUGUCACUGUCCUAGUUUUAUUUUAAUGUACUAAGUUAUAUAGCUAUUAUUUGACUGUUAAAUUCAUUUAAGCCUUGGGCUUCAGUUAUUUAAAGUAAAUUUAGGUGUAAAAUAGAAGGGAAAAAUCCUUUUCCAGGUGGGAGUUUGACACAUAUAUAAACCUAAAGUUUGAGUAAGUACCUUUGUUACAUAGAGCACAAGGUUACCACUUGUUACAUCCGUCCAGCAUAACAUGGUUAUGCAUCCUUUAGAUUGACCUCACCAAAUGAACCUCUCCUGUUCAUUUUUAAUAUUGUUCGUACAUAAUAUUGUCCUUAAGAUUUUCAUCAGUUGUCUAAUUUUGAAACUCCAUUUACAAUGUAGUAUGUUUUUGAUGAAACACCACAAAGCAACAUUCAAGUGUUUUCAUGGUUUGUUGGGGAGAUCAUUGUAAAAUAAACAAUUUACAAAACAAACAAACAAACAAAAAUUUGUCAGCAAAGGUCAUCCAUAUAAAUCCCCGUCUGGAAAUUUUCUCAGCAGGUCUAUGUAUGUGUCUGUCUGUCUGUCUUUUUUUAACCGUGGGAGUUAGCCAUAUUGUCAUAACUUUGAGCGAGGACUAAAUGAAGAGGCACGGCCUUGAACAGUCUGGGUGGUUUGUUUUGGGGGAGGUUGUGGGAGCGCGUGGUCUCCUGGCAUUGACACAAACUGACAAAGUACAUGUUUACAGUUUUACUAAGAAUGAUCGUUGUGCAUCGCAGGGAUAGAGCCUUAGAUUAUUUCUUAAUAGUUGUUAAUGAAUCACCAAGAGAUUCCUGAGUUUCUUUUUAAACAUAGAGAUACCCUAAAUGGGCCUAGUCUUCCAUUAAUGAAAGGCUAUAUUAGUGAACAUGAAUAUAUGGCUUUCAUAGUGUGCAUUCACAAUAUUAGAAGGUAGAUUUCCUAUUCCAACAUGCAAAGUUCGACAGCAUACACUUGUUAGUGCAUGAAUGCGCCAAAUCCGUAGAAGAAUAAAACACUGAACACUUAGAAGAAGGAUCUAGCUCAAACACUUUAGGAAACUGCUUUCACUAUUAAUCAGGACAAUUAUUUAUUUUCUUUUUGACAGCAUAGUGGCAUUUAACGUUCACCCCAUCUUAUUUUGAUCAUCUAAAACUGGCACACAUUUCAGGAAAUUUGUAAAUGAGCCUCCGGGGAGAGAGCUGCCCUGCCCUACAUUACAAGUCAUUAAUUUAACUGCUGUAUGCUGUUAAUAUGUCAUAGAGCAACAUUUCAUAAAUGAUGAUUCCCAUCAUUUUCCUUGGAUGGUUUUUAGAUACAUCUCAGUUGUAACAGGUCAUUCCCACGUAGAGAUCCAACACUACAGACAUGCAGCGAAUGUGAGAUGUGUGUGUCCCUCCUCCUCUGCAUAUACUCCUGGAGACAGACUUGUUUCACUUGAUUUCACGUUCUGAGGUUGUAGAGCCUGUUACUCAUCAAUGUACAGAGCCUGGAAAUAACGGGCAAACACGUGUAUUCAGAAGGAGCAUAGUGUCUGAAAACACUUUGGGUGCCAUAAGGUCUAAAGCCACUGAUUUGGGGAAGCUUUCUUUUUUAAAAAAUACGUGUCUUUUGGAGUACUGAACUUUACAAGUGCUUGCCUUAAUUUCUAGUAGUUUCAUAAUGAAUGCGCUAUUCUGUGUGUUGAAAUGUUAAAAUAUUCUAUGUAGCCCCCAAAGUGGGCAAAAUAGAGUAUAAGUAAUGCCUAAAUAAAUAAGCUAAAAGGUGUCACUACAGCUGAAUUUUUGAGAGAAAAUGGGCAUAUGGAAAUAGGCUAUGUGUAAUAAAAAUAAUGGCACCUUAAGAUUGCACUAUUUUAUGCAUUAUUUUAUAUGCCAUUUCAUAGCCUGCACUUUAAUCUCCAAAGAAACAAUGUAUUAUGUCCCAGUUGUUCCAUAUUAAUAAACCUUUUCCUAAGACAGGGCACUUAAUUCUAUUUUACAAUACUGAAUUCGUUUCUUGGAGAUGGAUUCCCUUUUUUGAGUUCUCAAUUUCCUUAGCCAUAAUAUUUUCUAGGAUCUGGGAACUCCCUAGCUUGUCUAUUUCCAACAGUAUAUUAUCUUAAUGUGAUAUAUGUAACUCUCAUUCCUGGUGAUCAGCACAUUGUUAUAUCCUACUCUUGUCAGUGAGUACCGAUUUGUUGUACUUCUAAAACCCUCUAUGAAUACCAUGUGCUAUAAAGUACAAUUGAAGGCAGGAAUAAAAGGCAUUCAGAAAGGAAACAUCGAUGAUACAGUUUCUUAAAAACAGCUGGGUCUGAUAAUGAAACUCAGUUUUCUGUGCUCUCCAAUUUUUUGACUUGAGGUCUAUCUGAAUCCCUCAGUACACAAACAGGUUAAUAAUGUUGAAACUAUGUCACAAUUACAGAGAUGCCUGUCAUUUGAGGCAAAGUAUUUUCAAAAAAUGCUAAAGCAACUCUACUGUCACUGGCAAGUAAGUCCCUGCUGUUGACCAUAAUUUCACUCUUAAUAGCAAUACGUUUAUAUUGAUGAUACAGAUGAUAGUUUUAAAAUGUUGACCUUUUCUAGCUUCUUAAGAGUCUUUGUUAAAUUUUUGAAGUGUAGACAUUAAAUCCAAACGUUAAGGUUAUGUCUGAUGAAGACAUUUAGAGGCAUAGUGGUAAUUCGGCUGGUCCAAUGCCAAAGUAUAGUGCUAUAUUCAAAGCUAUACUAAGAGGUCAGAAAUGUUUAAAAUUCCUUCAUGUGGUACCAUGUCUGUUACCUCCUCAUGAGCAACAAUAAAUUACUAGUGAACCUUCUGGAAUUUUAAUUGUUGAUAACCUUAUUCAAUUAAUGGAAAGUGAAAAGCACCCUCCGGUCACACAACAGGGUACAUAAAUAAAUGUGUUGUUACCAGUG